CCUCACUGCCCAGCUGGUCUCCCCCAUGGUUUGGUCUGCUAUUUGAGGGGGUCUGCGGUGAAGGAGGGCAGUCCUGUGUUAGCCCACCCUCAAGCAGCUAGCUAUAUGGUAUGGAUUUACAUGGUGACUACUACAACUCCCAGUGGACUGGUCAGCUCCAGGAAGUGCAGCUCUGGCGCCAUAGAAGAGGGGACCUGUGGGAAAGCUGGGUGACAGGGGGAGCGGGAAGUCCAAUAGUAGGGCGGCUGACGGCCUCGUAUAAGCGGUCUCCGUGCUGUCUGUGGAGAGGACAUGUUGUCUUUGUGACAUUAGGCUGCCGUACCUGUAGCCCAGGUACAUACCGGCCAUAGCCCGUCAGGCUGUACCUGUGUACAGUCCUCCUGCUCCGCUCCGUGUUACUGUUAUUAUUAUUGUCGCCCCCACCCGCCCACCAUUUUCAGACGGACCCCCCUUUCCGUUCCCCACGUGCUUUCUCCCACUAGAGUCCGGCAGUGAAGCGGUUAAGCCCGCGGCGGAAGCAUCCUGUGCGGAGCCGCGUCACCGCACAGUCACAUCCCGAGCGGUCGCACGUAUUCCUCCUCCGCUGCCGCAGCUCUAAUAAAGACCCGGUGCUGGAACAGAGCAACGAAAUCCGGCAACCGGAUACACCGACAAAGACAUUGGCUCCGCCCCCUGCUGCCGCCUUCCCCCUGCUUCCGGACUGUUUCCCCUGUGUGAGCCGGGAGGGGGCGGCCUGCGGCCUGAGCGCUACGAUCGGGGGACAUCCCGGCUCGACUGGACUAUUUUAUCUCCGGGCAAGGAAAAUGGCGACUGGAUUUUGAGCUCGGCGACUGAGAACUGGGAGGUGGAUAACUGCAGGAAGCGAGCGACGAGGAAGAGGGGAGAUCGGGACGGCAGAGCCGGGGCAUGGAGUAGAGAAGGCCGGGGAGGCCGUAGCCGCAGACUGGGGCGCCUUGCUUCCCCUCUGCCCCCAAACUCCCGGGCGCAGUAUCGGGUGAGGGGUGAGAUGCUGCCCCGGCCACUGUAGAGGUCGCCCUAAAAGGGAUAGUCAGAGUUUUUGGCCAGGGAUGGAUGAUCAGAAACCAUCCAGCGAGGACAAAGAAUCUGAAGCGUCAGCUGAUGAAAAUGCCUCUGAUGUGGCCUGUGAAGCGGAAGCAGAUGAGCCCAGUAAUCCAUCGCCAACUGCAGGUGUUGUAGGUGAUGGCACUGUCGUGGGCACGCCAUGUAGCAGGCGCUGUGCUCUCUGCAACUGUGGAGAAUGGAGUCCACAGGGACAGCGGGAACUCCUACGGUUUGAUCCUUCUCCAGGCCGCCCACAACUGGAUUCUGCUCUGUGUCGGGUACAAGAGAUCGGCACAGAGUACUUGGAUCCUUCUAUCAUUGGGUUUGCGGAGUCCGUGUUACCAGAGGAGCUCUUUGAACCUUCAGGUCACUGCUGGGUUCACUACUGGUGUGCGUCUUGGUCAUGUGGAGUCCAGAAUGUGGAAGGAACUGGACUGACUAAUGUGGACAUAGCUGUAUUCUCAGGGAUAUCACAGAAAUGUGAAUACUGUAAACGGAUGGGUGCUACCAUUCAGUGCCACUCGAAAGGGUGUCUGCGCCGAUAUCAUUUUCCAUGCGCUGCUGCGAGUGGAUCCUUCCAGUCGAUGAAGACCUUAAAAUUGUUGUGCACAGAGCAUGUGGCAGAAGCGCCUGGAAUGGAUGACUCGUGUUGCAUGCUAUGUAACAAGCCCGGUGAUCUCACAGACCUCCUGUUCUGCACCAGUUGUGGACUGCACUAUCAUGGUUCCUGUCUGGACAUUACCGUAACCCCAUUGAAGCGCUCUGGCUGGCAGUGUCAUGAGUGUAAAGUGUGCCAAAGUUGCAGAAAACCUGGCAAGGACUCGGUGAUUGUGUGUAAUGCUUGUGACAAAGGAUAUCACGCUUUCUGUCUGAAACCUGCCACUGAGGAUCUGCCUGCAGGCUCAUGGAAAUGCAAGAAUUGCCGCGUCUGUCGAAUCUGUGGCUCUCACACAGCACAGUUGGAGCCUGGGAGUCCAUGGUAUGAGAAUUUCUCUGUGUGCAAGAAAUGCCAAGAGCAGCGAUGCAUGGCGGAGCCCUGUGUUCAGUGUAAUCAGCCUGGCUCCUUGGAGAACAUGAACCAGUGCCCCAAAUGCUUAAAGUUCCAUCAUUCACAUUGUGCACAGAGAGGUGACUCGCUGGCGCACAGCACGAGCUGUCCAUCAUGUAGCAAACAGCAGGCCGCCGUACAGAAGAAAGAUGAAGAGGACAAGAGUGUUGAGAUCCCGAAUACAGCCCUCUCAGAAUGUGAAGCCAAACCACUAGAAGUUUCAACAAUUGAUGAAGAUGGGCUUGGUUCUUCAGACAACGAAGCUGCUGAGGCUCCAGAGAUUCUUCCCAACACCCCCCCGCUGCCAAUCGAGUCCAGAAGUCCUCCUCCUUUGGAAGCAGAACCAUCACACCAGGAGAGGACAUUUGACCCAUGUGCACCACUUGAGGAGGCUCCUGUUCUAGUCACAGUGGAAGAUGAAGAUAUGGAAGUUGAUGAAGAAGGCACAGAAUUCAUCCAUCAUCAGAAACAAAUGGUGUCUUCACGUUCACAAAGUUUUUCUCACCAGACAUCAUCAUUUAUACCUUCAACUCCAGAUAGGACUCGGGCAAAUGCCUCUGCAGAUGAGGACACACAACCUAUGGACUCGCUGAGCCUAGAGGAUGGAGCCUGCCAGAGUCCUACUAGGACUAAAGAGGACCCUUGCAAUCGUUUAUUUCAGCAACCAUCUGUUUUAGACUCUGAAAUGAUCGUGGACUCUGAUGAGCCUCCUUGUAAGUCUGCAAGAGGAACAUUAAACAAUGACAACAUAAGAGGUCAAGAUGUUGCAGGGGAUUUAUCUGCGGACAAAGUUCAGAUGCCCAUAAGAUGCACUAUCAUCAAGUCAGACAUAGUAAAUGAGAUCUCCAAUCUGAGCCAGGGAGAUACAAGUAGUAGCUUUCAUGGCUAUGAUGCUUUAGGUUCACCUGACCCUGAGGGCGGGUCCCUCUGUAUGGAGAUGUGCUUGCACAAGGAGGAUGGCUCUUUGAGGCUGUGCACAGACUCUAUGCCCGAAACUGAUGACUCUCUCUUAUAUGACCCCUCUAUUGGGAAGUUAGAUGGGGAGAAGUCAAGACGGAAGUGCUCUCCCGGGCGAUCUAGAGUCAAACACGGUCGAAGCAGCAGCUUUCCUGGAAGGCGACGACCCCGUGGAGGUAGUAGCGCUGGUAGCAGGGGCAGAGGAAGAUCAAGAUUAAAGUCUACGACCUCUUCCAUUGAGACUUUGCCGAUGGUAGAUCCUGAAGGCUCUCCAGGUAAGGAGGAGGAGGAAGAGGAGGAUGAUACCAUGCAGAACACCGUGGUGCUCUUUUCCAACACAGACAAAUUUGUGCUCAUGCAGGAUAUGUGUGUUGUUUGUGGCAGCUUUGGACGUGGCUCAGAGGGGCAUCUUCUAGCAUGUUCCCAGUGUUCGCAGUGCUAUCACCCCUACUGUGUAAACAGUAAGAUUUCAAAGGUGAUGCUGCUUAAGGGCUGGCGAUGUGUGGAGUGCAUAGUUUGUGAAGUGUGUGGUAAGGCCACAGACCCAUCUCGCUUGCUGCUUUGUGAUGACUGUGACAUCAGUUACCACACGUAUUGCCUCGACCCUCCUCUGCACACUGUACCCAAGGGCGGUUGGAAAUGCAAAUGGUGCGUUUGCUGCAUGCAGUGCGGAUCGAUUAGCCCAGGAUUCCACUCAGAAUGGCAGAACAAUUAUACACAUUGUGCGCCUUGUGCUAGUUUGGUCUGCUGCCCUGUUUGCCGCCUCAACUAUAUGGAGGAGGAUCUUUUGAUACAGUGUCAAAACUGUGAGAGGUGGUUGCACGCAGUUUGCGAGAACCUGUUUACGGAAGAGGAGGUAGAGGAAGCAGCAGAUGAAGGCUUUCAUUGCACGUCCUGUCAACCGUUCAUCAUAAAACCAGUUGUUCCAAUAAUCCUUCCGCCAAGUCCAGUUAAGGUGAAAGAACCAGAGCCUCAAUAUUUCCGUUUUGAGGGAGUUUGGUUGACCGAGGCAGGUAUGGCCUUGUUGCGCAGCCUCACGUUAUCGCCUCUUCAGAAAAAGAAACCAAGGCGUUCCCGAGUGAGUACUGGAGGAGAGAUUUUCUUGGAUGGCCCAGAACAUGGUGCAUGUGAUGACAGGAAGGACGGAGAUGCAGAGUGUGAUGAUCCCAAAGCAGAUGGUGGCAAUAAUGAACCCAUGGAGUGUGAAAUUAAGAUAGAACCUCCAGGUACCCCUGAGCGUGAAGCCGGAGGAGAAGUGGAGGUUGUCAAAGGUGGUGAAGAUGCAGAUGAUGUCAAGAAAAAGAAAAGAAAACCAUAUAGGCCAGGAAUUGGUGGCUUUAUGAUCAGACAGAGGAAAACUCACACUCGGUCGAGGAAGGGACACGCAGCAUUUUUGGAGGCCUUUCGUGAAGACCAGAACCGAGAUAUUCACCAAGAGGAUGCCCCUCCAGAGACUCCUGCAGAAGGUGGCCAAGAACCUGGGACAACAGAGACGGAGGAGAAGAAGAAACGACGAGGCAGAAAAAAGAGCAAACUUGAGGAUAUGUUCCCAGCAUACUUGCAGGAAGCGUUUUUUGGCAAGGAGUUGAUGGAACUCAGCAAACAAGCGCUUCUUGCUGCUCGUCCAGUGCAACAAAAGGUGAAAGGUGCGCAGAGUAUACCAUGUCCUGCCUCUGGAACAGCUCCAACCUCGCAGUUGCCCCAACAAAACACAGCAGAGACUAUGGCUGCCUCUAGUUCUGCAUUACCUCAUGAAGAUUCUGAUAGCAAUGAAACAAAGCUCGAAAAUUCAGAGGUUGCGUCAGAGACCGGGGCCCUGAGUGUUGCUGAUGCCCACACUGCAGAGAGAAUUCCGAUGCCUCUGCCAGAGGGAGCCCUCGGCUCGGAUCUGGAUAAAAUCUCCACGGAGGAGAUCCCCAAAAUGGAAAGUACAGACAUUCAGCAGCUUCUAAAGGAUGUGCUUGGUACCCCUGAGUGUGAACAGUCUGUUAACAGGCCAGCUGGAAGGAUCGAGGGCCACAUGGCAACUGGAUCUGUAAUUCAGGGUCCCAGACCCUUUCUUCAAAGCAUUGCAGGUGCUUCCCUGUCUUCUAAUGUUCAGGUGGAUCCUUUUUCUCAGUCUGGCUUCUUGGACUCCAGAAGUGGUCUGUUCAGUCCUGAGCACUGUGACACGGAUAGCUCGCUGACCACAGCCUCCACCCCCACUACACCCACCACAGAGGGAGAAAACGAUGGUCUUUCCUACAACCAACGUAGCUUGCAACGCUGGGAAAAAGAUGAGGAGUUAGGGGAGCUCUCCACCAUAUCUCCCGUCCUUUACGCAAAUAAAAAUUUCCCUAACCUUAGGAAGGACUAUCCAGACUGGACGACUCGAUGCAAGCAGAUCAUGAAACUGUGGAGGAAAGUACCAGCCCAAGACAAAGCUCCUUAUUUGCAAAAGGCCAAAGACAAUCGUGCAGCACAUCGUAUAAACAAGGUACAGAAGCAGGCUGAAAGUCAAAUCAACAAGCAGUCCAAAGUAGAAGGAGUACGAAAAGCAGAGCGUCCCGUUCUUCAGCUUCAAAUUCCUAUGCAUCCUGGUUCACAGUCUGGAGCAAGCCAUGACUAUCGCGGUACAGCUUCAACAGGACAGGAUGUCUACAUAUCUAGUGGCUCUGCAAUGUCUACCUCCUCAGACUUGUUUCUAAAACCUUCUUCAGCAGGCACUCCUGGAGCAGAGUCAUCUGCUGACAUGUUCUUCAAAUUGCCUCCUCAGUCUCCAUCUCAGGAGCCCUUUCCUAGUUCUCCUGCAUAUUCUUUGGACUCCCGAUAUCCGUCUUCCUUGACACAGUCACCAGCCUCUGCUGGGGGUUUUCAGACUCUUUCUGGAGCAGAGCACCAACCUGCACUGAAUACACAGAAUGCUGCUUCAUGUGUGGAAUAUCAGCCUUCGCGUGCAUCCACUCCCCAUCAGCCAGAGUCAUUUGUCAAGCCACGAUAUCCAACCGGAUCUCUCGAUAACCUUUCACUAAUGGGGAGCCCUAGCUCAAGGUCUUUUCAACUAAAUGAGUCCUCCAGCAAAAGCGAAACCAUGCUGUCUCCUACACGUUACAGUGAUACCAAGAGACAGACUGACGGAAUUCUCCUUCAAAUAAAAAAGGAAGAAGUUGGGCUUGGCUCUCCUGGCUUUCCACACAGCACUGGUUCUGAUGGAACACCUGAGAUGAAAUGUGAUGUGUUCAAGGCUCCCCUAACCCCUCGAAUGUCUCAGCUAGAGCCUCACAGUCCAGCUCCAUCACAUAGGGAAACUCAUAUUCAAGCACAAAUGACAUCACCUCAACAUCAUUCAGAAAUGUACAGACAGACUUCAGUAUCUGCAUAUAAUGACCCUUAUUCUCAGCCUCCAUUAACGCCUCGACCUCAGCCCUUAGAAGGUAGCUUGUCAAGUCGGCCCCUGACUUCUGACCCUUUCAACCGUAUUCCAACAAGCCCACAAUCCCAGGGAAGUUCCCAUUCCCCUUUGACCCCUAGACCAUUGUCAACUGAAGCAUUUUGUCCCUCGCCAGUUACACCACGAUUUCAGUCUCCAGACCCAUAUUCCCGUCCACCUUCGCGGCCCCAGUCACGAGAUCCAUUUGCCCCACUUUAUAAACCUCCACGUCCUCAGAUGAUAGAAACUGGUUUUAAACCAACUGCACAACUUUCUCACUCCAAUCCCGUCGGUACAACCUACCAACAGUCUUUAGAUGUUCACCAAAAGGCUCAAGGAGGCCAACAAAGUUUAUUUUCUCGUUCUCCAGGAGCAAAUGUCUAUCAAAAUUCUCAGAAUCAGUUAUGUUUCACUUUUCCUCAUUCCCCUGGAGAUGGUGUCAAAAGCUCUCCCUCCCACCAGCAGCAUUCAACCCCCAUCCAUUCACUGAACAGCCAUUUUACACCAAGCAAGCCACAAAUCUAUACUUCUCCAAACAGCAGUACCCCCUCAUCCUUCCACCCUGCAGGCAGUCCACACUCCUCUGGAAACAGUAACACUUCAGAAGCUUAUGUCCAGUCUCCACUCCGACCUCCUUCAGCUUUACCCCAAGAACCAUCCUAUCAGUCCCCAGCCACUAACCAGCGUGCAGGUCUCAACUCUCCAGCUGAAAAACCCAGAGAAGAUAUUGCUGCUAUUCCAAAUACUCUUGGCAAUGCUGGUAGGGAUGUACCAGAACUACAAGGAACAACUGAUGCUUCUCUAAGCAACCUCAGUCAGUCUGAGCAAGAGAAACAAAGACAGCGCCAAAGGCUAAGAGAACUCCUCAUAAGGCAGCAGAUCCAGAGAAAUACCUUAAGACAGGAAAAGGAAGCUGCUGCAGCAGCUAUGAGUACUUUGCAAACUGGAUGGACUGGAGAACCAAGUGGACAAGGUUAUGAUCAGUCAGGUCGUGUAGUGAUGUAUACUUCACAGCAGGAAAAGGUUGCUGUUGGAGUGAUCACUGCUUCUCCAGGGGCUGCAAAAGUUUCGGGGCAGAUAGUGACAUCCACCCCAUUUCCACAGGAGGAACGUUUGAAUGCUCCUUUGCCUUCUGCAUCUCCUGUUUCUGGUGAUGGCUCUGCCAGACAUUCCACUGAAGGAACACAAGCCUUGUUUCCAAGGGGAUCUUAUUCUGAUCAACAGCAUAUAUGGCAAUCAGCAGUCACAGGGCAAAGGACUUUGGCAUCGGUUCGGUUCCCUGAAGGGAAUAGGCUGCCUUCAACCCCAACAGUGAAUAGUGGAGGUGUAGUUCGCCUGCCAUUUCCUGGUGAUCAGGUCACUGUCGGUGGGGCACCAUAUAUUGAAUUGCGCCAUCAUGGCCAAAAACUACCUGUUGGAGUUCCCUUUUCACCACCUGGCCCUCAGAAUAGGCCUCGCUUCUAUGUUCCAGGGGAAGGUGCCAAUACCUCUGUAAUAACAGGAGUAAUGAGAGGGGAUGGAAAUCCAUUGCAAGUACCUGUAAUGAGAAGUCCUUUAAUGCAGCAUCAAAAAACUUUGCCUCCAUCUCUUGCUCAUGCGGGAGCUGUAGGUGUUUCACAGGUUAUACAAGCAAAAGUUUCAACAGAAAUAACACAACAGCAAGCUAAUGUUUCUCCACAAACCAAUCCACCUGCUGAAAGCUCUAAGGAAGGAUCAGCUCCAAAGGAUCAGCUCCCUGGCCUUGCAAGUGGGAGAGUCCAUUGUGAGGAUCCACCGGAACUAGAUGUUGAUUUUGAUACACAUAAAGACCUGGAAGAUGAUGAUCUGGCUAAUUUAAGCCUUGAUGUUGCUAAAGCUGAUGAUGAUUUGGAUAAUCUUGACAAUCUUGAAACAAAUGACCCUCAUUUAGAUGAUCUUUUAAAUGGAGAUGAAUUUGAUCUUCUUGCUUAUACUGACCCAGAAUUGGACACGGGUGACAAAAAGGACAUCUUCAAUGAACACUUGCGUUUAGUUGAGUCUGCAAAUGAGAAAGCUGAAGAAGAGGCAAUGCUUAAGCUGGAGCCAGAUAUUGUGGAGACUAAAAAUGAAAGCCUUCCAAAAGAGUUGCAAGCUAGUGGAGACUUGACCAAAGAUAGACGGACAGGGGAUAUGAGACUGGAUUUGGGUUCACAUCUUUCUGCUAGUAGCAACACUUCUCAAGUUCCUUCGAGUGAGGAACCAAAGCCGUCUACGUUUACAGAGGAAUUAAAGCCAAAGCUAGAAGAGGGCGACCUGAAGACCAACAACUGUCAAUAUUCUGGUAGCAAUUCCAUUAAUAUUAAAAGUGAAAUGCCUCUAGGCUCCGCAAAAACUUCACUUGGAGCAAGUGUGUUAAAAACAGGAGCUAAUCUUCAUUCGGUGAAUUUAAACUCUGUCCAAACAAUAAACCAGAGUGGACUCCUCUUCCCUAGCAAAGAUUCCUCUACUGCAACUAAUCCAAGUAGCCUAAUCUUGGGAAAAUUUGAGCUGGAUGAAGGAACACUUGGUCUGCAAUCACGCCACUCUCCUGCUGAUGAUCUAGAUAAGAUGGAGAGCUCGCUUGUAGCAAGUGAACUUCCUCUUCUUAUUGAAGACCUUCUUGAACAUGAAAAAAAGGAACAGCAGAAAAAGCAGCUACUGUCUGCACAGCAUUCAGAAAGUGGACAGCCUCACUCAAUGAUUAGUACUGCUAUGCCCAACCAGCCUAGACCUCACCUUCAUCAGGAAAGUCAUCAAGCAAACCUUGUAGGACUGGGAAUUGUGCCUAGGCAUCAGGGGUUAGGUUCUACCCAACAAAUGUUAACUUCGCAACAGCAGAUGCAACAGAGACUUGUUGGUGUGCAAGCCAACUCCACUUUAGAGUCCCCCAUGCAUGUUUCUGCUAACCAGAGUCAUUUGAUUAGUGGUCAGCACAUGUUACAAGCUACUGGACCUCAACAACAGGCUCUCCCUCCCAAGCCAAUCAUGGGGCAACAAAUGGUCAUGAAGCAGCAACCGAUGGUCAUGCCACAGCAGCAGCAGCAGCUGACAAAUAACCUUUUCCCUGACACAGAUCUUGAUAAGUUUGCUGCCGAGGACAUUAUAGAUCCAAUUGCCAAGGCAAAAAUGGUUGCUCUGAAGGGAAUAAAAAAAGUGAUGGCACAAGGUAGCAUUGGCGUCACUCCCGGCAUUAACAGGCAACAGGUAUCUCUCCUUGCUCAAAGGCUUGGAGUUCCAGGAGCCACUGAUUCUACCACCCAAGGUCCUGGUACUGGAACUGCUCAAGAAAAAAAUCCCAUUGAUCACAUGCAGCCACGACCCAAUCCUCCUGCAUUUGUCCAGGGAGUGAUCAAUGAAGCAGACCAGCGUCAGUAUGAAGAAUGGCUUUUCCACACUCAACAGCUCUUGCAAAUGCAACUGAAAGUGUUGGAAGAGCAAAUUGGUGUGCACAGGAAAUCCCGCAAAGCUUUGUGUGCGAAACAAAGAACAGCCAAGAAAGCUGGGAGAGAGUUUCCAGAGGCAGAUGCAGAGAAGUUAAAACUAGUAACUGAACAACAAAGCAAGAUCCAGAAGCAGCUGGACCAGGUUCGUAAACAGCAGAAGGAGCAUACAAACCUGAUGACAGAGUAUAGAAACAAGCAGCAGCAACAACAACAGAACUGUGGCAUCCUUCCUGUUAGUCCAAACCAAAACUCCAGGGUGUUGACCAAAGCACCAGGUUCAAUAGUCAGUGGACACGGUAUACAACCACCAUCAUCUUUGCCACACAACCAGCUUGUCGCACAAGCUGCAAAUCUACGUGGCCUACAGCCAGGUUUAGCCAUGCAAACACAACAUGGUGCUUCUUAUGUGAAGUCACUACCCCAGCAGCAGCAUCAAGCUCAGGGAAAUAAUGCAGUCCUUCCUGGAACCUCUGGCGGUUUUUAUUCAACUCCUCAGGCCCUGCAGGGUCUAACUCCUGAGCAAAGGAUGAUUCAAGAACGUCAACUUCAGCAACAGAGAUUGCAGUUAGUUCAGAAACAGCAGCAGCAACAACAUCAGAAUUUUCCACUUUCCCCUCAGAGCAACUUAUCCCAAGCAAUUUUGACCAAGCAGCAUGGGUUAAUUGGAAACUCGCAUGGACUGGUAGUACAACAAUCUCCCUCCCAAGUUCCUCAGACUGUUAUGGGUCAUCCACAGUCUUCUGCUUUACAGCAUCACACAGCCCAACAAAGACAUAUUUUAAUUGGUCAGCAACCGCAAAGAGUUUUGGGUCCAUCUCCAGUGGCGCAACAAAAUGUUGUAGGGCCUCACCUUGUGUUGUCACAACCUCAGCAAAAUUUGAUUGGCGUGACACAUCUCCAACAGCAGACAGUGUUAAGUCAAGCCGGAAGUACAUUAGGGCAACAGACUGUAACAGGGCAAACCCUGUCUGCAACUUUAAGCCUAUCUGGCCAUCCUCAAAAUAUUCACAUGCAACAAAACAUGAAUAGCAAGGAUGGAGACCUGAGUGAGGGCUCACUACGUCAUGAAAGCACAGAAAUUCAAGGACAGCAACAAGGUGUUCAACAGGCAAAUAGCAGCCCAGGAACACAAGAACCCAUUGAUCAGCGGCCUCUGGAACAGCGGAGUCAUUCAAUUGGCCCCGUGAACCAAGAAACAAAUUUGCAAGCUCCACUCAUGGCAGAGGACAGCCAAAAGUUAAAUCAGUCUUCUGAUCAAGAACAUGCGCUAUAUGAUUCAAGCAGUCCACUGCAGCCAUCUGUAAGACAGCAGCACCAUGGUAUUUUGUCUCCACAACAACCGGGUGUGCAGAGUCUUGGGGCCCAGCUAAGGCCAGAUCAAGUGCAAAACACUACUCUGAAUCCUCUCCAUCAAGAUAACCCUCACACUUCUGCUGCCCCAUCACAGCAACCAAAUCUGGUCCAGGUACAGAGGAUUGUAGGUCAAAGUCCAAUACAGAUGCAGGGUAAUGAACUGGCCAAAGAUAAUUUGGGACAGCACCUACCUAAUACAUUAGGGCAACAGAGACCAUCAGCUCCAUAUGCCUCUAACCUGAUGGCAUUACAAAACACCCAGCUCAUGGCUCACAUAAGAGCUCAGCUUCAGGGAAUUAUUGCAAAGAAUCCACAGUUGCGUCAUUUAACGCCCCAACAGCAGCAGCAAUUACAGGCAAUUCUUAUACAGAGACAUCAGCAAGCUCAGAGCCAAGCUCUUAGACAGGCUACAAGUCAGGAUCCAUUGCAAUCUGCCCAGUCCAAUUCUUCAGGUCCAAAUAGUGCUGCUGGAAAUCAGACAACCCUAGAAGGGUGUUUCCAAGUUCGACAGGGAGUAACUGAACAAGCGCCUUUUGUCGAAGAAAAUUCUACUGCAGCUAUACAGAAUGUUAAACUAGAAACCAUGGUAGAAACACCGCAAGCUUCUGAACUUGAUCAGAACUCCUUGUUAAAAUCUCCAGUGGGUAGAUAUACUAGUCAGCAUCAGGAGACUGCUUCAGGCCAACAAUGUCAGACGACUUCAGGCGUAAGACUUAUGACCCAUCAACCUCCACCUCAGUAUAGAUUGCCUCAGCAAGUAUCAUCAGCUCACCAACAGGCACUACAGUAUCAAAUGCAGCAGCAAGCACAUCAGCAGCUGCAGCAGCCUCAGCAAAAUCAGCAGGUGCAGUUGGGGCAGACACAACAGGGUCAGUCUGUUCAGCUGCCACAAGCCCAGCAAAUACAGCAGGUGCAGGCACAACAGAUACCACAAGUACAACAAAUUCAGUUACAACAGCCUCUUCAAAGUCAACAACAGCUGCAGCAAAUGCAACAGUCCAAACAGCAAGUACAGCAGUUGUCUCAGCCUCAGCUAGUACAACAUCAAAUACAGCAGGUACCACAACAGCUCCAGCAAGCACGGCAGCAGCAACUGCAUGUGACUCAGCAACAACUACAUCAAAAGCAAAUUACGCAAGUGCAACAACAUCAGUUGCAAGCACAGCCAUUGCAGCAAACAGCUAUGCCGCAGCAGGCCCAGGCUCUGCAACAGACACCACAACAACAGUUAAACUUGGCUCAACAGCAACAAUUGACUCAGCAGUUACAGCACCUGCAGCAACAGCUACAGCAGUUACAGCAGACUCGGCAGCAGCUUCAACAAUUACAGCAGUCUCCUCAGCAACUCCAGCAGUUGCAGCUGGUACAGCAACAGCUGCAGCAAACACAACAGCAACUACAACAGUUGCAAAAACAACUGCAGCAAACGCAACAGCAGCGUCAGUCUGUCCAGCAGUUGCACCAAAUUCAACAGGUGAUGCAUACUCAGCAGCAGCAACAAAUCAGCCAGUUGACACAGCAGCAGCUCCAACAACUGCAGCAAGCUCAACAGAAACAGCAAGUCCAACAGUUACAGCAGUCUCAGCAGCAACUUCAUCAGUUGCAGCAGGCUCCACAACAACAACAGCAGCAGUUGCAGCAGGCUCCACAACAACAACAGCAGCAGCAGUUGCAGCAGGCUCCACAACAACAGCAGACUCAGCAGCACCUCCAGCAGUUGCAGCAGACUCCGCAGUUGCAGCAGACUCAACAGCAGCUCCAGCAGUUGCAGCAGGCCCAGCUGCAGCAGGCGCAACAACAGCAGCAGCUGCAGCAGGCACAACAACAACAACAGCUGCAGCAGGCACAACAACAGCAGCUGCAGCAGGCACAACAACAGCAGCUGCAGCAGGCACAACAACAGCAGCAGCUGCAGCAGGCGCAACAACAGCAGCAGGCACAACAGCAGCUGCAGCAGGCCCAGCAGCAACAACAGCUGCAGCAGGCCCAGCAGCUGCAGCAGGCCCAGCAGCAACAGCAGCUGCAGCAGGCCCAGCAGCAACUACAGCAGCAGGCUCAGCAACAGCAGCUUCAGCUGCAUCCAACACAACAGCUCCAGCAGCAGUUGCAUCCAACACAACAGCUCCAGCAGCAGUUGCAUCCAACACAGCAACAGCUCCAGCAGUUGCAUCCAACACAGCAGUUGCAGCAGCCUUCACAACAGCAGUUGCAGCAGACUCAGCAGCAGCCUUCACAACAGCAGUUGCAGCAGACUCAGCAGCAGCCUUCACAACAGCAGUUGCAGCAGACUCAGCAGCAGCCUUUGCAACAACAGCAGCUCCAGCAGUUGCAGCAGCCCCAGCAAUUGCAGCAGCCUUUGCAACAGCAGCAGACGCAGCAGCCUUUGCAACAGCAGCAGCUGCAGCAGUCGCAGCAGCCUUUGCAACAGCAGCAGCUCCAGCAGUUGCAGCAGACUCAGCAGCAGCUCCAGCAGUUGCAGCAGACUCAGCAGUUGCAGCAGCCUUUGCAACAGCAGCAGCUUCAGCAAUUGCAGCAGCAGCCUUUGCAACAGCAGCAGCUCCAGCAGUUGCAGCAGCAGCCUUUGCAACAGCAGCUCCAGCAGUUGCAGCAGGCUCAGCAACAGCAGCAGACUCAGCAGCAGUUGCAGCAGACUCAGCAGCAGUUGCAGCAGACUCAGCAGCAGUUGCAGCAGCCUUCACAACAGAUGCCACAGACACAGCAACAGAUGCAGCAAACUCAACAACAACUCCAGCAGUUGCAGCAAAGCCAACAACAUCAGAAUCAGCAUCGGGCACAGCAGCAUCUUCAACUACAGCAGGCACAGCAACUUCAGCAGUUGCAACAGUCACAACAGCAACAGUUUCCUCAGCUGCAGCAGUCGCCACAGACGCAGCAACAUCAGUUGCAAAAUGUCCAAGUGCAACUCCAACAGCAAGCUCAUCAACUGCCUCAAACACAGCAGCUGCAACUUUUGCAACAGGCACAGCAACAGCAGAUACAGCUGUUACAAUCACAGCAACAGCUGCAUCAUUUGCAGCAAAAACAGCAACAGCUGCAGACAGUUCAACAAACACAGUCAUCUGUAGAGACCCAGCAACAAUUACAGCAGAUACAGCAACAGUUACAGCAAACACAGCAGCAUCAACAGAUGCAGUUGUUACAGACACAACACCAGAUUUUGCAGCAAACACAGUUAACAAAACAGCAAGUGAAGCAGUCACAGGGGCCGCAUGCGCAGCAGACAGCGUCUCAGGUACAACAACAUUUACACAUUAGUCAAGCAAGAGUCCAACAAUCACCACAAAUGGAAAACUUAAAUCAACAAAAUGAAGUACACCAGAGCCAGAGUGGAUCACCAUCGCUUAGCCAUCCUCAAAUGCCACAAAAACCAGAACAGGAGAAGCAGGAAUCUUCACAUCCUGGGAACCCAGAGACAAAUGAACACAUUGACCAAUCUCAGGAUUCAAAAGAGACUGAUCAAGCUACCCACCAAAAGGAACCCAUUCUGACGCAGCAGACUCAGUCGGUACAGCUGCAAGCAGGUCAACAGUCAUUAUCCUCUUUCCAAGUGAUGCCACAGCAGGGUCCUGCUCAGCCACACUUGCAGCAAAUUCACCAGACACAGCAAGUUCUCCAGCAGACGCAACACAUGAGUUCUCAGUCACAAGCAGUGCAGCAAGGUCAUCAGCCGCAAACCUUGCCCAAUCAAACCUCUCAAGUGUUGCAGCCGUGUCCGCAAGUGCAGCCAACCAAUCUGCAACAGCAAAUGCAGCCCAACAGAAAUAAAGCACAAAUGCAGCUGCAGCAGCUGCAACAUGUGCAAGUAGCUCAGCAAAUCCAACGUAUGCCCACACAAAAUUCACAACUGAUUCAGCAGAUGGCGCAUCAACAUAACCAAAUACAACAGAUACAGUUAAAACAAAUGCAUCAGAAACAAGCUGUUCAGAUACACCUGCAACAAACCCAACCGCAGACGGCCACCCAGCAAUCCUUUGAAGCAAAAACUCAGUUGGCGCAAAAUUUAGCUCCGAUGCCGCAACAGAAUAUCCAACAGCAGUCGCCUCAGGUUCAGCUGCAGCAGAUGUCACUAUUAAAACAGAGUCCCUUGCAGCAUCACAAACAGCUUCAACCUCAUCAGAUUCAGCAAGUGCAGCAAAUUCUGCAGCUGAAGCAACAAAUGCUCAAUCAGCCACCACAGAAACAGCUUCAGCUACAACAGCAGCUUCAGAUGCAUAUACAGCAAUUGCGCCAGCAACAAGCGCAGCUGCAGCUGGGGACUCUACAGGAACCAAAGAAAGAGACUCCUGAAACCUCGUGUCCUUUUACUGCGGCAACCUCACAAAUGGAAAGUCAAAACGCAUCCGUCAGUGAGCAUGGAAAUGCUACAGAGUCUGGUGGGGAUCCAAAGGCUGCCCAACACAACUUGACACAAAGAUCGACAGAAGACUCUGAGUUACCAGCUACUACCACAGUUGACUUUGCUCAGGGUGAGAAAACUGCUGACGUUCACAAUUCUGAUAAUGCAUCAGAUGAGCCACUAAAUCCGGUAGAGGGAUCAAAAGACAUUGAAGCUGUUGUUGAGGUUGGUAGCAAGUCUUGCCCCAAUGAAUCUGGAGAACCUUCCUCCCAGGAGGAGGGCAUGAAGGUAGAUGAGACUGUUCAAGACGACAAAACUGGUCCUGUUGAUUCUCUUGAGAAUGGAGAAGGGGUUCAGGUAUCCAAGCUUACUGAAGGGUCUAUGGAUGAGAGUGUUUUUGGCAGCGAGGACAUAAAACGUGAGGCAAAUAGUGAGCCACAAAGUAUUGCAGCCAAAGGAGAAGCCGGACAUCUCCUCCUGCAGAAACUGCUGCGUGCAAAGACGGUGCAGCUUGCAUCACAGCGCUCCUCCGAUGGCAUUCAUGCGGACAUAAAUGGGCACAUUGACAAUAAGUUGACUGUUCUGGAGCAGAAACUACAAACUACACCUUGUAUUAAAGAGGACAUCUGUUCAAAAAAGACUGUACCCAAACCAAAACGGGCGCAGAAAACCAACGAGAAGGUACCAAACUCCCGCAAAAAGAUUCGCAGGGAGGACAGCCUAAAAUCACCAGAAGCGAUUGUGAAACAGCUCAAGCAGGAGCUUUCUCUGUUGCCUCUGAUGGAGCCUUCAAUUACAGCAAACUUCAGCCUGUUUGCUCCGUUUGGCAGCAGCACACCAGUUAAUGGGAAAAGCCCACUUAAAGGAUCAUUCGGCAGCGGUGCUCUGGAGAGUAUCCCAGAUUACUACACUCAGCUACUCAGCAAGAACAACCUCAGUAAUCCACCUACACCUCCUUCAUCCUUGCCUCCAACUCCACCUCCUUCCGUACAGCAGAAAAUGGUAAAUGGUGUAACAGCGGCUGAAGAUCUGAAUGAAGCGAAGAAGGAAUCUGAAAGCAGUGCAGAGGCAGAAGUUAAAAAAGGUACAGAUGAACGGAGCUUGGACCUUUUGGCUGCCCUUCCUACUCCCCCACACAACCAAAGCGAGGAUGUCAGAAUGGAGAGUGAUGAGGAAAGUGAUUCUCCUGAUAGCAUUGUUCCUGCGUCCUCCCCAGAGAGUAUUCUUGGGGAGGAUACACAGCGCUUUCCUUCAUUGUGUGAUGUCAAAGAUGAGGAGGAAGAGAGAGCCUUGUCUCCAGUCAUACCGCUCAUUCCUCGUUGUCCUAUACCAGCAUUUCCAGAUGUGAAACCUGCAGAAACCUCGGAGUCUGCUGAUAAAACCAUUUUAAAUGUUCCUGAAGGAACGGUAUCGUGGGAUAAAACGAAGGGCAGUGAGGUGUCUGUCAUGUUAACAUUAUCUGCAGCAGCAGCAAAGAAUUUGAAUGGUGUCGUUACCGCAGUAGCUGGUUUGCUGAGCAUCAAGCUACCAAAUUCUUAUGAAGUUCUUUUCCCUGAGAGUGGUCUAAAAAGUAAUGUCGAAAUAAAGAAACGUUUGGACCCCUCCACAGAAGGUGACACCAGUGACAAGGACAAAUCUGAACCGGCAAAACUGGAGAAUAGCACUGACUGGCUCAAGCAGCUCGAUGCAGUACUUCCCGGUUACACACUGAAGAAUGAGCUGGACAUUAUUACUCUUCUAACACAGGAGGAGACUGAUGUAGAGAAGACGGUAAAUCAUUGUUAUGUUAAUAAUGUGUCCAAUCUGGAUGUUCGCCAACUUCCUGUGUUACCUGAAGAAACGUCUCCUCCUCCCUCUCCAUUUUCACCUUCACCUGCUAGUCCUGUUGAACCUCCUGCUCCUGAACCAGAACCAGUUCCCACUCCUAUACUGUGCCCUCUGCCUCCAACUCAGUCACCAAUUAAUGAGGAAUCUAUAGAAGCAGCCAAAAUUAAGCAAAGGGCGCGCCCCUCUGAGGAAAAUUCGGAAGAAUCCCGGCCAAAAAUGAAGAAGUGGAAAGGUGUUCGUUGGAAGAGACUGCACAUCUUAAUCACUUUCCAAAAAAUCGGCUCGCGGAAUUGCGAGAAGGAGAUUUGCGAGGUAAUAGAAAGACUUGGCACUACUCUAAAGCCUGACACCUUGCCUCCUGAUCUCCGAAAGUGUUGCUUUUGUCAUGAGGAGGGCGAUGGACCUACUGAUGGACCUGCACGGCUUCUUAACCUGGAUCUUGAUCUCUGGGUUCACCUUAACUGUGCUUUAUGGUCUACAGAGGUAUAUGAGACCCAAGGGGGUGCUCUGAUUAAUGUGGAAGUGGCACUGCAUCGGGGGUUGCUUACAAAGUGCACCCUGUGCCAGAAAACAGGUGCCACGAAUAGCUGCAACCGCAUACGCUGCCCAAAUGUCUAUCACUUUGCCUGUGCCAUCCGUGCCAAGUGCAUGUUUUUCAAAGACAAGACGAUGCUUUGUCCAGUGCACAAGUUAAAAGGGCCUUGCGAGCAAGAACUGAGUUGCUUUGCAGUCUUCCGGCGAGUAUAUAUUGAACGUGAUGAAGUCAGUCAAAUUGCCAGUAUCAUUCAGCGUGGGGACCGUAUCCACAUGUUCAGAGUUGGAGGACUUGUUUUUCAUGCCAUUGGCCAGCUUCUGCCUCAUCAAAUACAAGACUUUCACAGCGUCACUGCCUUAUAUCCAGUGGGAUAUGAGGCCACAAGAAUAUACUGGAGUAUGAGACAUAGUCAUCGUCGCUGUUCGUAUCGCUGUAGAGUGUGUGAUAACAAUGGUCAGCCAGAAUUCACUGUUCAAGUUAUUGAAUAUGGUUAUGAGGAUGUGGUGCUGAGAGACUCCUCUCCCCAAGCUCUUUGGAAUCGCGUUGCGGAGCCUGUUGCACGCAUGAGGAGAGAAACUGGAAUGCUUCGCCUUUUCCCAGAGUAUCUGAAAGGGGAGGAUAUGUUUGGACUGACACUGCACGCGGUGCUGCGCAUCGCCGAGUCUUUACCUGGAGUAGAGAACUGUCAGAACUAUCUCUUCCGGUAUGGUCGACAUCCUUUAAUGGAGCUGCCGCUUAUGAUUAACCCAACUGGCUGUGCCAGGUCAGAGCCCAAGAUUAUGACCCACUAUAAACGGCCUCACACGCUUAAUAGCACUAGUAUGUCCAAAGCCUAUCAGAGCACCUUUACAGGGGAGACCAAUACACCUUACAGCAAGCAGUUUGUGCACUCAAAGUCAUCCCAGUACCGCAGGCUAAAGACUGAGUGGAAGAACAAUGUGUAUCUGGCUCGUUCUCGAAUUCAAGGACUAGGGCUAUAUGCUGCCAAAGAUCUGGAGAAGCACACCAUGGUAAUAGAAUACAUUGGCACUAUCAUAAGAAAUGAAGUUGCAAACCGUCGAGAGAAAAUCUAUGAAGAGCAGAAUCGGGGAAUCUACAUGUUCCGAAUUAAUAAUGAGCACGUGAUCGAUGCCACUUUGACUGGUGGUCCUGCUAGGUACAUCAACCAUUCCUGUGCCCCUAACUGUGUUGCUGAGGUAGUCACGUUUGACAGAGAAGACAAAAUCAUCAUCAUCUCUAGUCGUAGGAUACCAAAAGGCGAGGAGCUCACCUAUGACUACCAGUUUGACUUUGAAGAUGAUCAGCACAAGAUUCCAUGUCACUGUGGGGCAUGGAACUGCCGCAAAUGGAUGAAUUGAAAGCGGGGAAAAUUCAACUGCCUCCAGUCAUCUUCAGUGUGCCCUUCCUUUGGAAAGCCUAGGAGCCAAGCGUAGAACAUGUGUCUCUACCAUCACUUCAUGACAACUUUUGAAGCCUUCCUGGCAACAGUUACCCAAGCUUAAUGCCUCCUGAUAAUGGAAGGUGUGGUGGUGUCACCAUGUCUGAAGGCUUUUACUGUAGUGGACGGAAGAAACUGCAAGAGAAAGCUCUUCUGCAGAGAACAUUCCCUAAACACUCUAGCCGGGCAUAUGUUUCGUGUAGCACCACUUUCUUUCUCCAAGUAAGAAAUGCUCCAACUAGGAAGGAAGUUUUAGUUUUUUAUCGCUUUUGAAUUUUUUUUUUCCUAAAUAAUAAUUUUGCGUUCUCUUGAAUGCAUAAAACGGAGAAAAAAAAGAAAAAAUAAGUCACUAGUUAACAAAGCAGUUUGACAAUCCUAAAUCUACAGGACCCUCCGAGCGCAAAAGAGAGCACAUAAGACUGCAGAAAAAAGAGCACAGGAGAUGCUUUCAUUGAGCGCAAGAGACAGUCCCUCGACUGUUACCGGUCACAGCUACCCAAUCCCAGAGGCACCUGGCCAGCACCUACCUCAUCUGCCUGUCGGAUACUAAUGUGUAUAUGUGACACUCCCACGGCAAUCUAAAAUAGAUAGCACCUCAUAAACAUGGACACAGCUCUUAUGAUGGGACUGUAAAUGCAAACAUAAACCACCCAUCCUCAGACGGUCAUGAAUUUUGUUUUAAACAUUUUUUUUUUCAUUUUUUUAUUUUUGACCUCCCCCAACUGAAGCUUUGUGACCUGCUCCCUAGCCAUACAAUAUGGCUCAGAGCGGGUAGGAGUGCACUAAGGAUUGUGUUUUCUGCUAACUGCCUGCUUGUGGUCUGUCCUAAAGCAAUCCAUUUUCUGCCCUAUUCUGUGCCUGAAAUCUCGCCCCCCUCUACACAGUACAUGGGACGCGAGGUAGUAGAAACACCCAGAAUUUGGGAUGGGGUGGAGUAAGCUGCUAUUCACGGCAGCCGACGUGAGUGAGCGAUUGACUGUUUACCUUGGUUUAUAUUCUCUCAGCAAUCUGUGCUUCACGAUGCUCAGCAAUCACAGUAUUUCUCUAAAGACCCUCUGAAGAAAGACAAAAAAUAGGAUAUUAGUAUAUUUUGAUGCAACGGGCUUUCCUUCGAUUCUGGUUUUAGAAAUGCACUGCUGUCUUUCCCAAACACGCUUUUUAUUUCUUUUCUUCACCUGCGGUAUUCUUCUCUCCGGCCUGUAAUUCAUAUCCUGAUUAUUCUUAUUUUUUAGCACAGUACAUGGGGUGGGAAUAGGUGAAGGGGGGUGUUAUUUAUUUGUACAUGUAAUUAUAUUUAUGUAUUACAGCCUUGUGAGGGAAGUACAGGGUCCUUUUCUACGACUGGCAUGGUGUCCUAGAUCUUUGCGUACGCUACACGCUUUGUGAUCAAUGAUCCUACUCUGUUAGAAGGGUGAAGUACAGCGACGUCGCAGUCCUUGGCAGUGUAGGUCACAAUCCUCUGGCUUCCAUACUGGUUUCUGAAUAUCUAUGUUACUGCUUCCCGCCCCCUGAGCAGAGAGUAAUCCUUCACCCACUUCUGCCCUGCCAACCUACCAUGGCUGUACCGUACCCCUCCCCCCACCGCAGCGAUGGCCAUUUACGUUCAGAGCGCACAGAGGAAUCAGUGGCGAUCAGCAUCCAAGGGCAUUUAAAAAUCGAAGCUAGUGUGAAUAUGAUAGAAAAUUAAGUGCUGUUGCUUUUUAACACAAAGCUGCUUCCACAACUGUUUAAAAGCUGCAAAAUUGUACAAAAUUAAAGAGAAAUGUAAAUAAACCAUAGACAAAAAGAAAAAGACAUAAAAAAUUAAAUGUUGUGCAUAGUCGGACACCGUAUUAUUGAGAAACCACUGGACACUAUGAAAAGCCUGAAAAUAUGAAAUGAAAUUUACCCUUUCAUUUUAAUCCCCCCCUCCUCUUUUUUUUAAACAAUAAAUUUGGAAAGAGCAUCGACCUUUUCGUCGGAAACUGACGGGCCAUCCCUGUCAGACUCUAGAGCUAUUAGCUUAUUCUAGAUACGACCUAUUGUAAUGUAGCUUUUAGGUAAACCCUAUACAGUUUUUAUUUUUUUUAUAUAAAUCUAUAUAUAUAUAUAAACUAUAAUCCAAACCCAUGCUUGAAAUACUUGAUUUCGUCCCCCUCCCCCCUGCUUGUAUAAACACUUUCAUUUGCCGUGUUUUAUUGGGGGUUUUAUUUGAUCUCCAUCUGCAAGUAUGUUUUUCAUCAGUGUUUUUCUUUCCAUUUUUUAUUUUUAUUUUUUGUUGUUUUUGCGACGAGAUUCCAUAGGGAGCUGUAAUUUGUGCGGUGCAGGAUUCUGUACAGAAGAUUUGUCCUUCGUAGAAAAAAAAAAAAAACAUAAAAUUAUUCCUUUUUUUUUUUUAAGAAAAAAAAAAGAAAAUAAAAACUUGUACGUGGCAUGUUUUGUAUUGAAUAUAAUUUUGAAAUGUAUAUAAUUUAUGUGAGAGAGGCAAGUAAGAAAAGCUUAAUUGCUUCUUUUUGGUUUGUUUUUAAAGGACAAAUAAAAAUGCAUUUUAAAUACUU